AUGGCGCAUAUUCCCCCUUCCUCCGCCAUCUUCUCGCCCUCCGUCGCCCGGGCCGCCGCCUCGACCGCCAAGGACUGGAACUACGUCGACUCGUGGCUGCAGUCGCGCCUCUCGGCCCACGGGCGCUCCCACGUCCCCAGCUUCGAGCGCAACCCCGACACCCUCCGCGCCCUGCUCGCCCUCGCCUCCCUCAACGAGUCCGCCGACGAGCAGCGCGACCUCGUGGCCCGCGCCGACGCCCUCGCCCUCCAGGAGCUGCGGGACCACCGCGACGGACGACAGGAGCAGCAAGGCACCCUGCAGGACGAGGUCCUGGCCGCUCUCGAAGCGCACCUCCCCCGCGAAGGCGCGGCCGCCCUCGACGCCCUCGCCGCCACGGCCGUCCAGCUCGGCGCCGCCUACCCUGACCCCGCGGCCCUCGGGGCCGAAUUGGUCGACCUCCAGGCACAAAUCUACGGGCUGGAGCAGAUGAGCGCGCGCGUGGGCUUGCUCCAGCGCCACGUCGAAGCCGAGCUGGCCCAGGCAGAGGUGCUCCUGCGCGAGGUGCAGACGGAGGCAUACCGGCCCCCGGCCCACAUGGCCAAACAGAACCUCGAGCUGCAGCGCCAAAUCAAGGCCGCAGUGUCCAAGCUGCCCGACCUGCGAGACCGUGCUCUGGCACUGGCCCACUCCGUGGGCAUGCCCAGCCCGACCAUCCAGCAGGUCCGCCUCGAGGAGGAGGCGUACCUGGACCUGCUGGCGCAGAAGAAGGACUUGGUCGCCCAGAUCAGGUCCUUCCAAGGCCUGCCUCCCGACCCGGACCAGGCGCGGCGCGAGCUCGAGGCGCUGCGUGCCGAACUCCGGAGCAUCACCGAGCGUCGCGAUGCUGUCUUCGAGGGCCUGGUUGAACGGGAGACGCCGCGGAAACCAAGACGGUGA